CCAAAUAUUUUUUUUUAGCGUUUUCUGCACUUUGUUGUUUAUCAAGUUCUCUAGUCUACCUAUAGCGGCUUAUGAUUCGGAAGUCUCGCACAUUAACAGAAAAUAGCUUACUUCUGCAUUGGUGCCAAAUAAGGCGGAUAAAAGAAAUUCGUUUCAGCUUCCAAAGCCCUACUUAAACAGCCCUGACUGAACUAACUUACCUGUAAUCAGAUUGGCGCAGCUGCUCCCUCUAGUGAUGAAGUAUGAGAAUGCUAUAACUCUUUCUUAGUCAAGGUCAUCUGUUCAUGUGAGAAUGUUUAUGUGAGAGAGGCCUUGUUGACAUCCUAUGACCACCGGAUAGUAAACACACCAUCAGCAUCUCUACAUACCCUCAUCCUCCUGAACCAAUCAGAAGACACUACUGCCACUUUCCCAUAACAAAGACAGUUAAGUUUUUCAUAAUUUCUUACACAUAAUAGCACACUCUUCUAUGAGGACACUGACUGCCCUAUUUGAUCUAGGAACAACAUUUACAUUUCUAACACACCUGUGUUUUGUGUUUAACACAGCGUCUCUGGAUUUGGACACUAAAUCACUGCCCAACAGGAUUAUCCUUGUUCAGAACAGGGAAAACGAAUGAAAAGCGUGACAGGAGGAGGUCAAUGAUGGUUCAGGGCAAAUGUGAACUCAUCGCUCUGUGUCUGGGAAUCAUCGGUCUGAUCGGGACGGUGGCCGUCACGGGCCUUCCCAUGUGGAAAGUGACAGCGUUCAUAGGGGAGAAUAUCAUCGUGAUGGAGACACGCUGGGAGGGUCUGUGGAUGUCGUGCUUCAGGCAGGCCAACAUCCACAUGCAGUGCAAAGUCUACGACUCUCUGCUGUUCCUCCCGCCGGACCUGCAGGCGGCCCGAGGCUUGACGUGUAGCGCUCUGGCACUGUCUGCGCUCGGGCUGCUCGUGUCUCUUUUUGGCCUCCGUUGCACGUCGUGUCUUAAGGAUCAACCGCGCGUCAAAAGCAUGAUUGCGAUUGCCGUGGGGGCGAUGCAGAUCUUAGCAUCAGUUUGCGUUAUCAUCCCAGUCUCUUGGACGGCUCACACUAUCAUUAGAGACUUCUACAACCCUCUACUGCUGGACGCGCAGCGCAGGGAACUGGGAGAGGCGCUGUAUAUCGGUUGGUUAACUAGUGCUUUUCUUUUGGCGUCUGGAGUUAUAUUUCUCUGUCGCCGUGUUGGUCCAGGCACAUUUAAUGCUCAUCGACCAGUUAAUAAACCCGCUUUAAACCGCUUCCAGCCCUUUAACUCUAUAAGACACCAGCCUUUGCUUCAGAACAAUCGCCUCUCCAUUCAGCAGCCUUCGCCGUCUGCGUUCAGCUACGCCAUUACGCCUUCUAGUGGUCAACGUUCACCCUUCAAUGUGCAACCGCCGACCACAGGGUCUUUAGUGUACAUCAUGCCACCUCAGAACCCGAGUUAUUACGGCCCAAAUGUGAUUCAAGGCCAGUAUGUAUCCAGAAACACUCAGUACCCCAGUCAGCUUUCCACACCCUUCAAAGGAAGCAAUGGUAGUGAUCCUUACGCAUCCUUCACCUCCAGAUCCACGUUUUAUCCUGUGCAGCAGAACCCGCUCUUCGUAGGGUACAACUACUCCAGGGUGCAGUCGUGCAGCUCAAACAGUAGCUGUGGAUUGCGUAUCUAAGGAUUUUUGAUGUACUCACCACUUAUUUUUAAAUAAUAUUUUUUUAAAUCCAUAAUUCCAGUAGAUUCAAACUAGGUCAAGUCAGCAUGAAACGGAAGUUGCAAUUGUCUUCUCUUGGCUAUUGUGACAUUUAUGCAAGUGAAAUGGCUUCUCGAACAAGAACAAAUGUAGGGCGGGACUUGAAUUUGUCUGUGGGGAAUUGAUUGGAUGGUUGUGGUUUGCUAUUGGUCAAUCUCAUUUGAGUGACAGUUUUUCCCGCCUUUGCGCCAGUAAGCACAUCAUCAGAGAAGAGAAGUCACUGUGAGAGGAGAGGGAAGUUAUUUUCUUUAAAGAUUACGAGGCACAUGAAUAGAUAAAUUAUUAUAUAUAUAUUUAUUCUAUAUAUUCAAUAUUCUAUAAAAAAAACAAAAUUCAAUUUUUGUUUCAUGGUGACUUUAAAAAAAAUUAAAUAAAAUAAUUAAAAAAUCUAAAUCCCAUAAUUCCAGAAGUUUCAAAAACUGCAUAUUUUUCUGUUUUCAUCUUUAAGUAGUUAAUUUACAUUACUUUUUUAGUCAUUCAGGAUUAAG